UGAAGCCAACAGAUUCCCAAUCAUCGCCUCCACUCUAUAGGAAACAUACAUAAUUGCACCCAACAAUCCUUUUCACCAUAGAAACCUGAGCUAUUAAGCUAGCUAUUCAUCACUUCUACACCUUUUUCUUCAUCUUCCAGUAUAAAUAUCUAUCAAUCUCCGUCAAAUUUUUCUCCCACCAUACCAUCUUUUUAUUAUUUCUAUUUUUUUUUUCUGACCUUCUAUUAUGGAUCCUUCAUGCACCACUUCUUCCGUCAAUGGCUUCUACAACUUGCUCACCCGAGGACUUGAAGAACUCGAUUGCUCCUUCCUUUCUUGUAACUUCAUGUCAAUCCAAUUCCUCCAAAAAGUCCUCUCUUCACUCCGAUCCUUCCAUUCCCAAUUGACCGUUUUGGUUCAAAAGCUUCACCUUCCUGUAGGAGAAAAAUGGCUUGAUGAAUACAUGGACGAAAGCUCCAGGCUCUGGGAAGCCUGUCUUGUACUCAAAUCUGGCAUCUCCGGGAUGGAAAGUUAUUAUUCUUCUGGUGGCAAUAUUGCUUCCUCCCUCGAUCAUCAUCCGCACUUCAACCCACAGUUUUCUCGCCAGGUUAUACGGGCAAUCAUUGGCUGCCAAAGGGAAAUUGUUGGGUUGGAAGAGGAAAACAGAAAUCUGAUGGUAACAAGAGCAAGACAAGUAGCACUAAGAUUUGAUGAGAAUGUUCCUAUAGAAUCGAAGUUGAAUGGUUUCAAUGGUUUUCGAGGUGUUCUUUAUGCAAUGAGGAAUGUUAGUUCUUUACUUUUAAUGAUAUUGCUUAGCGGGCUUGUAUAUUAUUGCCCUGAAUUGAGCUUUGUCAAUAGAGAGCAUGAGGGAAAUGUGAUAUUUGGCUCAGCUUUCAUGGUUUCAAUUGCAAGACUGCAUCAAAGGGUAUCUAAUGAAAUGGAACAAAUUGGUGGGCAACCAGGAAUUAUGCUUUAUGAAUUCAGGGAAGCCAGGAUUGCAGUCGAAGAGGUAAGAGAGGAAUUGGAGAGAAUUGUGAAGUAUGGAUCAGAAGUUGAGAUCCAAGACAAGAUUAACAACUUGAAGAGUUGCUUUGGGUUGUUGCGAUGUGGGGUGGAGACUAUAAUUGGACAGAUUGAUGACUUCUUUGAUGAAAUAGUUGAAGGAAGGAAAAAGCUUUUGGACAUGUGCACUCAUAGGUAGAUAGAUAAAGUUUGGACAUGUGUAGCUAUAGUUAGAGAGAGAAGUGAAAAAAAAAUAACUCCAAAAAAAAAGUGAAAAGAUGUGAAACUGAAAGUAUCAGUUGUUAAAGUGGCAUCAUGUCACUCAGUUUCUUGGUUUAUUUUUCCCUUUUUUAUUUCUCUUUUGGCCCUUUUAACAUGUUUCUAAGUUUCAACUUAUUGUUAAAUGUUGGGAGUCAAGUGUUUGCAGCUGCAACAGUCUGGGAGUUGAGGGAAGAAGGAAACGUUUUUAUGAGGAAAACCCAGAAAAAUGGAAAUGGCUUAAGGGAAGGAGAAUAUGAUUCUUGCUUCGAAGAAAAGCAACAUUACUAUCUCAAGAUACGAAAAAACAAGAAGAAUAUAUAAGACAGCCAUUAGCUUCUACAGAAAGCAAGAACUUCCAAUCCAGAGCCAGAGGGCAGAUUCUUCUGCUGUUAAUAAUUAAAAAAGAAAUGUUAUCCAGGAGGAAACGGAAAUGAUGCUCCUUGAGUUCUUGCUUGUCCAAAAACUAGAAUCAGAUCUUGUAUUCAAAUGUACAGAGAUAUGUUCAUGAAGUUGAUGAGCAAUCUUCUUAUCCAAAAACUAGAGGCAAAUCAAGAAAAUGAUGCUUCUUGUUUGCCCCCUUUUUAUCUUUCUGAUGAAAGAAUUUCUACUGCUAUUCUUCUUUAUUUGUUUGGU